AUGAGCUCCUCGACGACGGUCGUCGGCGCUGCAGCUCCGUCGUCGACAGGCUACCAGGGCGGCGGCCUCGCGCGCCACAUCACCUCGAACGACCUCGCCCCGACAGAAUCGCUCAUCGCCCGCCGACGAGGAGAGGCCGACCUCCGCGAGCGGGACGGCCACGAGGGAUGGGCGCAGACGGGCGGUCUCGAAGCAGGGCUCACGGCGCAGACGGUCGACGUGGCGGGCGAGAAGCUGCCGCCGGGAGCUGCGGGCGGCCGCAAGGCGGACGUCGCGUUUGGCGAGGAGGGCGAGGUCGCCGCCGAGGAGUGGACCUUUCCUGACGGCGGGUGGAAGGCGUGGAGCGUCAUCUUUGGUUGCUUCCUCCACUCGUGCAACAUCCAAGGGUACGGCAUGGCGUGGGGCGCCCUCGUCCAGGAGCUGCAGCGGCAUCAUCCCGACGCCGACCUCUCGGUCCUUCAAUUGAUCGUCGGGCUUCAAAACUUUGGCUUGAACGCGUCGCCUUUCAUCACUGGUCGAUUGGGCGAGCUCUACGGAUUCAAGCGCAUGAUCGCCAUCGGCUCGACAUUAUCGGUCGUCCUUCUCGUCUGCUCGGCCGUCGCCGUCGACUCGCUCCCGGCCCUAUUCGUCCUUCAAGGUCUGCUUCUCGGCAUCGCGCACGGGAUCUCCCUCCCACUUUUCAUGACGAUCCCGUCACAAUGGUUCUCUCGGCGUCGAGGUCUCGUCACGGGCAUCACGGUGUCGGGCGCAGGUUGGGGCGGCGCAAUCGCCUCGCUCAUCGUGCGCGGGCUCCUCCCGAGCCUCGGUUACCGCAACACGGUUCUCGUCUACGCCGGUAUCAGCGCCGUCGUCUACGUCGUCGCCUGGAUGCUGCUCGAGGUCCGCAAACCGCCGGCGCGAGCGACGCCUGCACGGUGGGAUACCAAGACGGGCAUGCCGCCCGGCAUCUUCCGCGAUCCGGCCUUCUACAGCCUCGUAUUGAGCGUCACGGUCGGCGUCUGGGGCUUCCUCACGCCCUCUUACUUCCUGACGGACUAUACCGCCAAGUCCGAUCCGGUCCACGCCGGCAACUCGCUGCGCACAGCGGGCCCCAUCAUCGUCCUCAACGUCGGUAUCGGCCUCGGCCGCAUCGGCGCAGGCUCGUUUGCCGACGCCAUCGGCCCGUGCAACGCCAUGUUCUUCUCGUUCGCUGCCGGCGGCAUCCUCCAGGCCGGCAUGUGGUCGCACGUCACAUCUUUCGAAGGCAUCAUGGCGUUCUCCGUCUUGUACGGCCUGUUCGGCUCCUGGUUCUUCCUCCUUAUGCCCGCCGUCGCAGCAAACCUGUUCGGCCUGCGCGGCCUCGCGACCAUCACCGGAUGGGUCGUCGCUUCCCAGUCGCCGGGCCAGCUCGCCGGCGCGAGCGUGUCGGGCGUCGUGCUCUCUUCAUCGGGCGAGUACUCGCACGUUGCCUCAUAUGCAGGCGCCAUGAUGCUCGGUGGCGCCCUCCUCAUCCUCCCAGCACGCUUCUUGCGACGACCAAGCCUCCUCGCACGAUACUAGAUGUGGAUUCUUGCAGAGCGACCAGAUAGAACAGAGUGUAAAGAUGCAUUGUCCGCGCUCGAGCCCGUCCCGACUUGCGCGAGCGACCUCGGCGCGCGCCUU